AUGGCUGACAAGGAGGAUAAUCGUGACCGUGAUCAAGCGCGAGGAUCGCAAAUGACAGCCGGUAGGUUUGCAGAAUCUGCUUUUUUUCGCAGGCGGUGGACCUUCUAGAAAGAAGCGUUAGCUUACUAAAAGAAUCGCCUUUGGAAAGAAACGUAUCAGCACCUUUGGAAGAACUCCAAGGCCAACGUGCUCUUGCAAAUUACAGGUUAGGUUUGUAAGCUUAAAUUGUCAUAAUAUGUUUCAUUAUCCUAUGGAUCUCCAUUUACAAAUCAUGAAUGCUUAUUUCCAUAUUUCAGAUAUUUCUUUUAAUUGAUGAAUAUUUUAUAACUUAUGAGUAUAGUCUAAACAGUACUCUGAAAUGUCUUGAAGGAAAUGCCGGGAUUUUUUUUUCUUUCCCAGUGAGUGGCAAUCAUGAAUGAACAAUAUGGCGAUGUAUCUUUUCACUAAAUUUGAUUUUAAAAAAUGUGCAAAGUUUCCAUUUGAAUUCUUUUGUGCUACACAUCGGGCAGGACUGUUUUUUGCAUGACGCUUUUGUUUUUCAUAGUGUAAAAUAUAAACUAGAUUUUAGUGGAUAUAUGCAUGUAUGUCAGGGGCACCCAACGAGAAUAUAGUUCAAAACCACUUAAACAUAGCAUUGUUAAACGUAUUUUAGUAUUUAAACAGUAGAUAAAGACAUAUUUUUAUCCCCUAAAAAUUUUUCAUCUGUUCGGAUUUCCUAGCUGAAAGUCUAGUGAUCCGAAAAUUAUAGGGAUCAAAACUCGCCUUUUCGAAAAUUUCAGCCAGAAAAAAGGCUCCCGAAAAUUCUAGGUGACCUUUUUAGGGUGAAAAUCCGUUAAAAAUAGGCAAUUAUACCAUUUUUUAGAUGUUCGAAAAUCCUAGGAGAGGCAGGCAAGCAAGAAAUUAUACAACAAAUGUUCCGAAAAUUGUAGAUCUCAAAUCGUCUUCCGAACAGAUAUUUUUCCGAAAAUUGUCGUUGGGUGCCCCUGGUAUGUGUUGUAGCUCAACUGAGAUUCAGGUCGAAAUAAAAUUCCUUUGUCUCCCAACCCAGUUAUUCAUGAUUUCAUGAAUAAUUAGGAUUAGGGGACAAAGGAAUUUCAUUUUGACACAGGUUAACAUCAUUUUGACCUAAAACAAGUAGCUGCUCUAUAAACAGAUUGGUAGGCAGAUAAAUAGAUAGCUAGACAUUCUAAAUAAGUGCAUGUAUUAAGUUUAUUAGGGUGUAACCUCUAUUUUUCCAAGGCGUAUAUAUCCAGGCCCCUCGAGGACUCAGGCAGCAGGUCAGUCUGCAUCAGGCCAAACAGCUUCAGGACCCACAACCUCGGCUAACCGCAGUUUGUCAUCAUGGUGGCCAAGCCCAGCCUCAGUCCCAAGUUCCAGUAGUAAGAAAUCUUCCUUCCGCUUCCAGCCUUACAAACUCAAAGAAACCUGGACACACGAAUUCUGCGUUGUAGCUGAUAAAGAUCAACGUCAAGUUCCAUCAACUGCAAUGAAACAAGAGCUACGGGAAGCUGGUCUUGGUCAAAGACGGAUUGUGUUUAAAAAUAAGAAAGGUGAUUUUAAGCACAUUCAGGAAGGCCUUUUCAGCAAUUUUCCAAAGCUGCGAGAGGCUGGUGGGUUUGAGCUCUACAGGCAGCAAGAAGGGAAAAGCUUAUGCUAUAUCAAACCACCAGCAUCUGGUUACACCAUUCCAUUUAAAGUACACAUAUGGGAUUAA